AUGGCGUCUAUCGCUGGCAAGGUUUUUGUUAUCAUGGGGAGUGCUUCUGGAAUGGGCUUAGCCACAGCAAAAACUUUGCUAGCCCGCGGCGCACUCUUGGGACUAUGUGAUCUGAGCCAAGACGGUCUUUCAAAGUUCACUACCAAGCUCAGUGAAGAGCAGAAAGCCAGGGUUAUCACCCUAACUGUCGAUAUUACGAGUCGUUCAUCUGUUGCAUCAUUCCUGUGCUUGACGAAGGAAAAAUUCGGCAAAAUUGAUGGGAUUGCAAAUCUUGCUGGAACCGCGGGCCAUAAACUUGGACACCAUGAAAUAUGGGAGAUUGACGACGAAGAAUAUGAUUUCAUCAUGGCUGCCAACGUUAGAGGUGUCUUCAACGUCCUCAGCGAGGCAUUGAAGCCAGGGAUUCUGCAAGAGCCGGGAAGCAUUGUCCACGUGGCGAGCAUGUUCGCCGAACGGGGCUUUUCAAAAGGGUCGGUUUACAGUACUAGCAAGCAUGCGGGUGUGGGUAUGGCUAAGAGCGCCGCGCUCGAGGCUGGCAAAAGGGGGAUCAGAGUCAAUGUUGUGAUGCCCGGCCCCAUUGACACACCCAUGCUUCGUGCAAACGAAGAGAGUGGCGCCGAAGGAACUGAUCCUGCUGUACCGCUGGGGCGGCUAGGAGAAGCACCAGAGGUUGCAAAUGUUGUCGCAUUUCUUUUGAGUGAUGAAGCUAGUUAUGUCACGGGGGUGACUUGGGCCGUUGAUGGGGGAGCGAAUGCUUGA